GUCCCGGCAUCUCAAGCUACAGCUCCAAUCCUCCGGCUGCUGGGACAAGCUUGGUGCACUGCCUGAACCAGGCUCUGAGAGAUGUGCCCAAGGAGAAGCAUGCAGGCACUCCGCUCUACCUGGGUGCCACGGCCGGCAUGCGCCUGCUCAACAUUGCGAACCUGCAGGCUUCGGACGCCGUCCUCAGCACCGUGGCGGCCACGCUGAAGUCGUACCCCUUCGAUUUCCGGGGGGCAAAGAUCCUGUCAGGGGAAGAGGAAGGGGUGUUUGGCUGGGUCACCGCAAACUACCUCCUGGAGAACUUCAUCAAGCGUGGGUGGCUCGGGGAAUGGAUCCAGCCCCAGAAGAAAACCCUGGGUGCCAUGGACUUCGGGGGCGCUUCCACACAGAUCACCUUUGAAACCAGGGACACCAUUGAAGACCCCAGAAACGAGCUGAUGCUGAAGCUGUAUGGCCAGACGUACAAAGUGUACACCCACAGCUUCCUCUGCUACGGAAGGGACCAGGUCCUCAAGAGACUGCUCUCAAAGCUCUUCCAGGCUGAGAGCUACCAAGCAACUGUCCCCCACCCCUGCUGGCCCACGGGCUACCACAAGAGCCUGUCACUGAGUAGCGUCUAUGACAGCCCCUGUACGGAGAAGGAGAGACCCAGCCUUGGCCUCAACACCACCAUCACUGUGGUUGGCACUGGGAACGGGAGCCUCUGCGCUCUGCAUGUCAGCAAGCUCUUCGACUUUACCACUUGUUCCUUCUCCCGCUGCUCCUUUGACGGCGUUUUCCAGCCGGAGGUUUCAGGAAACUUCAUCGCCUUCUCUGCCUUCUUCUACACGGUCGACUUCAUCCAGACAGUGAUGGGGAGACCUGUGCACUUGCCCAGCGACCUGAAGGAUGCUGCCAAGACCAUCUGUGCCACCAGCUGGAGUGAGCUGCUCCAGAAAGCUCCUACGCUGGAGAAGAGGCUGCCGGAUUACUGUGCUGUCAGCACAUUUGUUUAUUUGCUUAUCACCAAAGGCUACAACUUCAACAACCAUUCCUUCCCCAACAUUGCCUUCCAGAAGAAGGCAGGAGAAACCUCCAUCGGCUGGGCCCUGGGCUACAUGCUGAACCUCACCAAUAUGAUUCCAGCAGAGAAGCCCUCUUCUCACAAAAGCAUGCUGUACAACUACUGGGUCAUACUCAUCCUGCUCUUUGUGGUCACCACCCUGACGUCUCUGGUGACUGCUGUCUGCCUACUCCGGCGCAGCAAGUCCAGUGCAAUCUAA